AGCCUGGGAGAUGAAGUGGGGGCACCCGGCUCUCCGGCCUCACUCGCAGCUGCCGGGAGCCGGGGAGGGCGUCCCCUGCGUCCGCACCGCGCGGACCUCUGACCCUGGAGCCUCUCAGCCGCCGGGAGCCGUCCCCUUGGGUCGUCGCUCGGGCCGCCCGCCGUUCCCCGGCCCCGAAGGGCCCGGCCGGCCGCGCUGUGGGGAGAGGUCAGCAUGAGCCGGGGGGCCCGGCGGGCCGGCGCUGGGCGGUGGGCGGCCGCAGUGCUGCUGCUGGUCACCCUGAGCUUCCUCCCGCGCCUCGUCGAGGCCCAGGUAACCGGAGUCCUGGAUGAUUGCCUCUGCGAUAUCGAUAGUAUCGAUAAGUUUAACACCUUCAAAAUCUUCCCCAAAAUAAAAAAAUUGCAAGAGCGAGACUACUUCCGUUAUUAUAAGGUCAAUCUGAAGCGACCAUGUCCUUUCUGGGCAGAAGAUGGCCAUUGUUCAAUAAAAGACUGCCAUGUGGAGCCCUGUCCAGAGAGCAAAAUUCCAGUCGGAAUUAAAGCUGGGAGUUCCAAUAAGUACUCGAAAGUGGCAAACAAUACCAAAGAAUUAGAAGACUGUGAGCAAGCUAAUAAACUGGGAGCCAUUAAUAGCACGCUAAGUAAUCAAAGCAAAGAAGCGUUCAUUGACUGGGCAAGAUAUGAUGAUUCACAGGAUCACUUUUGUGAACUUGAUGAUGAGCGAUCUCCAGCUGCUCAGUAUGUAGACCUGUUGCUGAACCCAGAGCGUUACACCGGCUAUAAAGGGUCCUCUGCGUGGAGAGUGUGGAACAGCAUCUACGAGGAAAACUGUUUCAAGCCUCGAUCUGUUUAUCGUCCUUUAAAUCCUCUGGCACCUAGCCGAGGAGAAGAUGAUGGAGAAUCGUUCUACACGUGGCUGGAAGGUUUGUGCCUGGAGAAGAGAGUCUUCUAUAAGCUUAUAUCCGGACUUCAUGCUAGUAUCAAUUUACAUCUGUGUGCAAAUUAUCUUUUGGAAGAAACCUGGGGUAAACCUAGCUGGGGACCUAAUAUGAAGGAAUUUAAACGCCGCUUUGACCCUGUGGAAACUAAGGGAGAAGGUCCAAGAAGGCUUAAAAAUCUAUACUUCUUAUACUUAAUUGAGCUUCGUGCUUUAUCAAAGGUGGCCCCGUAUUUUGAGCGCUCAAUUGUCGAUCUUUACACUGGAAAUGUAGAAGAAGAUGCUGACACAAAAACGCUUCUACUGAAUAUCUUCCAAGAUACAAAGUCCUUUCCCAUGCACUUUGACGAGAAAUCCAUGUUUGCAGGUGACAAAAAGGGGGCCAAGUCAUUAAAGGAGGAAUUCCGCUUACAUUUCAAGAAUAUCUCCCGUAUAAUGGACUGCGUUGGAUGCGACAAAUGCAGAUUAUGGGGAAAAUUGCAGGCUUUCUACAAGUAUAAGAGAGUUACAGAAUUUCAAAGUCUUACUGCAACACAGUAGGUAAUAAAGGCUUUUCUAUGUCUAAUUAGAGACAUAAUCUGAUUGUGUGAAGCCUGUUGGUCUUGGACAUUCAGCAGAAGGAGACUAAUCUUCAAAGACAUGAAGAAGGAAUUCUGAACUCUUAAGGAGAAAAUUCAAAUGUUCACUUGAAUAUUUAUGAUUUUUAAUAGAUUGUCAAUUAGAGAUAUUUAUAAAUGAAGUAUAUACUUUUAAAACAUGUAAGUUAUACUAAUUCUGUGUUUAAUUUCAUGUUUCCAUCUGUUGAAUAUUCUGCUAUUCUGUUUGUUUAGAAUUGUUUUUUUCUUAUUCUGUUCUUUAUUUCCAGUUGUCGGACUUAAAUGAUCAUCCUAAUAAACACUGUUAGCAGUCUGUUAUGGAAAAGGAGAGCUAGAGAACAAAUGUUGCUUCGGAUUAGGACCAGUGAUAAAAAUUUCUCAGUGACUUUUGGGUUCUUAGCCUUGCCUGAUGUCACCUUCUGUAACCCGGAAGUGUCAGUGUGAUGAACGGUCCUUUCAGUGUGUGGUUACGGAGGGACUGAAGAAUCCUUAGGACUUCAACUUCAGUUUCAUUGGUUUUCAGUUAAGAUUUUUAGUUGCUGCUGUUGUUGCUGUUUUGUUUUGGUCUAAAGGCCCUGCUUCAGUAAAGGCAAAUGUGUACUAUCCCUUCCCUUAGCUGCCCAGCCAGACAGCCCAUGUGUGUCAUGGGCUGCUCCAGAGGGUUCUUUACUUAGAACCCAUACUAUGUAUCCAUUUCUUUUGAUUUUGCAUUUCUUUGUCCUGUCUCUAAUUUUAGAAAAUUUUUGUCUACUUUGAGAAAAAAAAUUUGCAUAAAUAUGUAAGUUUCACUUUGAUAAAAUUUGAAUAUAUGGACUUAUAAUGCCACUUUAAAACAGUAUACAUAAAAUUCACCCUUUUGAGUGUUUUUGUUUUUUUUUUUUAAAGGAUUUUAUUUUAGAAUACAAUCUAUGCAAUCCUCUCUCAACCUGAAUUUCUUUGGCAGGUUAUUUAAACAGAGUUCAAGCCUCGUGAAGCUUCCCCUCUCCCUACCUUUCUUUUCAUUUUGGUUCAUCCUAUAUAAAUGGGACUUUGUGUGACUUGUACCAACAGAUGACCUUCAUGUCCUAAGCUCAUUUUCUAAAGCUGAGAUUUAAAUAUCCUCCAAUAUUUAAAGUAUUCUUUUAAAAGCUGUUAGAGAUAGAAUGUGAUUAACUUGGAAGGAGGCAUCUGUGAAGUAAUGCGGGUACAAAACCUAGAGUUUCUCCUUCGACUUCAGUCUUUUAUGAAGUAAGUGCUCUUAAACCCACACCUUACCUGCCAGAGUCUGAAGCGUGUUCCUCCAUGACUUAGUGGUGUAUUUUAAACUGUCUUUAGUCGGCUCACCCCUCUUUUAAAAAUAUUUGGUCAUCCCUUGGAGGGAUAUGGUUGAAAGGUGUAAAGUCUCACUAAUUAUUUUCUUGCCCAAUUUCAACCUUUAUAGACCCAGGGUUUUUUUGUUGUUGUUGAUGGUGGUGACUUUUUGUUUGUUAAGUUGAAUAAAACAGGCUUGAUUGGAGCCUUCUCCAUUUCUUCAUUUUUAGGGAUGUAAGUAUUGUGUGUAGGAGAGGGGAACCUUAAGGUAAACUUGUCUAAAAAGUGAAUAAGUAAUCUUGCUGGUAAAUUAAAAAGAAUUAUUCUUAGUGUUUAUUCAGAGUUUAAGAAAAUGUGAAAGCUUUGCACUUUGUCUAUUAUUACUGUAAGUUUAAAAAUCUUUUUAGUAGUGUUACUUCACUGUUCCCUCAGUGAAAAGCUAUUAUUUAAAUUCUGUUAACCAGAGAAAAUCCUUGGUCAUUUCCAGUGAUUGUUGUUUUUGUUUUUGUUUUUUUUCUUUACUGUGAUUUGUUUCAAGCUUAGGAAAAAGUUGUAUAUUAGAAUGAGUUCUAGGAAACUAAAAGGUUAAUAUUAAAAGUUCUUCUCCAGUGUCUAAUGAAUUUUUGUGCCACCGAGAAAAUAAAUGAAUGAAGUAUUCUUAAGCUGAAAUUUGACUAACUCGAUUUUACCACAGAUUGGAUUGUCGGGGGGGAGCCUACAUUUUUGUGUCCGUGUGUAUUUCUUAAAUGAUUGUAUAGGUGUAGGACUGUUUUGUAGCCUGGUGAUACUGUAUGAUCUUUGUGAUAUAACCUGUUUUUCUAUGUCCCAGGCCCUUUGUCAUGCAGAGACGCUAGAGAACUGACUGCCUUGUGCAAACGCUUGGCUGGUAAUUCCUCUCUCGUUUUGUCUUGAUCUCAUCACCUAAUUUCAAAGUCCAGCACUUAAUAAUAUAACUGACAGAAAUGAUUGUACCAGCUGACAGAGUCAUGAAAAUGAAGGAAAAGAAUUCCUUCCUUCAAUGGCAUGAGUUUUUUUUUUCCUUAAGUGGCAUCUAUGUAAGUUAGAAAUACUAUAUAUUAAAAUUGGUGAAAUUUGAA